AAAUAAUUCAGAGACAUUAUGGUUAUUAUUAAUCAACAACAUAGCACUUCUUCUCCAUAACCAUCAUCUCCAUCACUGCUUCUAGUUCUUUGAAGCACCAUGGACCCAUCUAUGAAAUUUAAAGGUGAAAUGGGGCUUGCACCUUUUGUAACAAGCUCUGAUCUUCUCCAAAGAUCAUGGAAAGUUAUCUCGGAUCUUGAUGGAGGCAAAGUUUCAGAAGAGGGAGAGGGAGUAUCAUGGUAUUAUAACAAAGAUUCAGAUGUGAGGAUUAUAGCUUUUAAGGCCAAACAAGUUUCUGAUCCUCAACCGGAUUUGGUUACGUCUUCUGAUCUAAAGGAGAAGAUGUUAUUCUAUGACUUUGAUUUUCUUCGUACUGAAAGCAAUCCAAUUUUCUCUGUUAACAACACUGCAGUUUCCCUCUUCAUUGAAAAUCUCAAUAAGCUUAAUCAGUUGAAAUCCGAGAUUGAUAGCUCCAAAACAUUGAUUGUUACUGGACAUGCUCUAGGAGGAUCAGUUGCUUCUCUCUUCACUAUAUCACUUUUAAAUAGCAUUGAUUCAGGAAAGAAUCGCCCACUCUGCAUCACCUUUGGUUCACCCCUUAUUGGUGACAAUGGAUUGCAACAAGCCAUAUCACGUAGUUCUAAUUGGAAUUCUUGCUUUCUACAUGUUGUGUCACACAAAGACCCACUUCCAAGACUCUUCAUUACAAACCAUGAUUCUCAAACCAAUGCCUACAUGCCUUUUGGAACAUUUCUCUUGUGUUCUGAUGAAAAUUCUGCUUCUUUUGAGAACCCUGGCUCUAUUUUGAGACUACUCAGGAAAUUUGACUCAGAACACGAUGAAAAUCAAGGUUCUCAACCUGUUAAAUAUGGUGAGAUAGUGAAUAUACUCAAACAAAGAACUCUGUUCAAGGACCUUUCAACUCUGCCUGAAGACAUAACUAAUACAGAUACGGAAGACGAAACUAACACACUACUUGGUCGGAUUGGAGCUUGUUUAUUACCCAAAAAGAACCCGGUUCAAACCCAGCACAGAAGGAGCGGAGGAACAAAUACAUAUACACUACUUGCAAGUAUCAUUUUGCCGCUUUCAGCACUAGGAUUGCCAACAGCUAUGGAGCCGGAAGAUAUGAAGGAAUAUGUCGCCAAGAUGACAAAAGAUGAAGAGAAACGCGAGGAGAUGAUGAGUAGAUUAGUAUUUGAUCCAUACGUGAAUUUGAAUGUAAGGAAGAUAGACAUGGUCAAACUUGAAUGGUACAAGAAGGAGAGUAAAGAUAGAAACAUAGGGUACUAUGAUAGCUACAAGAAGAUGCUCUUAGAAAGUGACAAAGAAGCUGAUAUGUUCAAGAAAAAACUCACAGAUUACUGGGUAAAGAUGGUUGAAGUGGCAGAGACAAAGCCUCAGAAAGAAGGCUCAAAUUUUCGUAAGCGCUGGCUUGGUGCUGGGACUAAUUACAGGAGAAUGGUUGAACCACUUGUUAUUGCUAAAUACUAUAAAGUGAAAGGUAAUAAAGACUAUGUGACUGAAAAAAGGCCUAAACAUUUUAAAAUGUUGGAGAAAUGGUUAAAGGAAGGAACAACAGAAGAUACAAUAUGCCCCUUAACCAUUGCAUUACUUAAGAAGAAUGUGGAAGCUCUUUUAACCAAAGAUUCUUGCUUUUGGGCACAUGUUGAAGAGGCUCUCCUUUCAUGCAAAGAGUUGAAGGAUGCCCAAGAGGAUGAAGAGACAAUGAAGAAAUUGGUUGAAUUUGAGGAUUAUGUUUAUGGGCAGCUCAAGAUUUAUGAAGUGUCACCAGAGAUUUUCUUGGCAGAAAGCAGCUAUAUGCUUUGGUGGAAUGAGUAUAAAGCAAUUAAGGGAGCAUCAUAUAAUUCAGAACUGGCAAGGUUCAUGAACGAUGCUACAAACCUUGAGCAAUAUGCUGAGGGAGCUUAUGAUUUUCCCUGAACUAUAUAUAAACAUGUAAUAAAGGGGGUGUUUAUGAAUUAUAGUGAGAUAAAACUAUAAAUUAUGAUAGAUUGCGAAACUGAUUGGUCCUGUGUU